AUCAAAAAUUGGUGUGGCGCCCUACUCUCUCCUCCAUAAUCCUUCUCUGGAAACUGUUACAGUUAGGGUCAUUUGCUUAGAGACAUGAGAAACUUGAAAGAGAAGCUGGAGAAGAAGAAGAAAAAGAAGGCUGAGAGAACUAAUACAGAGCAAUUUCAAAAGGAAUUAAUGUUAAAGAAAGAGGAAAAAGGGAAUGGAAAUAUCAAACCCAUAGGAAAGGAGAAGAGGAAAAGAGAGAAGGAAAAAAAUGUUGAUACUGGAAAAGCUGUUUUGAUCAAGAAAGACGAACUAAUCAAAGCACAAGGAGAAAAGGACAAGAACAAGCCAAGGAAAAAGAAAAGAAAAGAUGAGCAGAAAAAUAAUGCUCUGGUUGGGAAAUCUGAUCAGAAUGAUGAUGUGGCAGCAGAGCAGAGCCCAUUUAAAUCUCAAGGAGAUAUAAACAAUUUCAAAGGGCAAAGUGAAGCUGUUAUUGAAGGUAAAUCCAAGAAAUCUAAGAAAAAGAAAAAGGAGCAUCACACACGAAAAGAUGGCGAGACCAUAACAAAAGAGAUAGAAGAUGCUGUUCAAGAUGAGGUCUUUUACAUUUCUUCUGGGGAAGAGGACUGCUCAAAAGGAAUGAGAAAAUGGCUCAUGGAAUACCACCAAAGUAGACCAGGUUUGAAGGUGUUGCAAGAAAGCAUAGAUCAAUUUAUAACUGCACAUGAGGAAAAACUUGAGCAGGAACGAAAAGAAAGAGAAGCACGUGCUGCAGAAGAUGGAUGGACAGUUGUUGUCCAUCAUAAAGGAAGGAAGAAGACAACAGAUUCUGAAAGUGGAGUUACAGUAGGCUCUGUUGCCCCAACUGUUGCAGAGAGCCAGCUAGCCAAGAAGAAGCAAAAAGAAGUUGGGCCAAACUUCUACCGUUUUCAAAAAAGAGAAACUCAGAGAAAUGAAAUUUUGGCACUACAAAGCAAAUUCGAGCAGGAUAGAAAGCGGAUUCAGCAAUUGAGAGCUGCUAGAAAGUUUCGACCAUACUGACAGCUGCUGCAGAACUCACCCAAAGAAUGGAGCUGAAGCUGAAGUUGAAGCUUCAGCUUCUAAUGAUAUCAGUUUUUUUGCAAUAGGGGAAACAGAGGGCUAAAUUCACAGCAUUUUGCAAUUCUUUUUUCACUUUGAAUUUAUUGGAGAUAUCAAAUAUUGUAAUUCGUAGAUCGCAAGAUAUAUAAGUGAUAAUGUACAAUUUUCCCAGAAUGUACUUAACUAAGAUGAAUGAUUUUGCAACUUUGAUAAA